AUGCCGCCGCUACCGCUACCGCUACGCAACGCCCCUAGAAUCCAAAAGACGGCACGCGGAGGGGCAGACGACGUCCUCGCGAACGCGAUCGCGGUGCUCGAGGCGAUCAAAGACGGAGCGAGCGCAGUAGGGGGCGUACCGUUCGUCAGCGGCGUCGUCGUUGCGGUGCUGGGGAUCGCCAGGGCCGUCGAGCAAGUGAGCGGCACGAGGGAGGAGUUCGUCCAAGUCGCCGUGCGCGCCGCGGCUCUCACGGAACACGUCCAGAGGACCGUGGGAGCGGAGGGCCGGGAGCUGCGCGUCGAUCUGGUCAGGAGCCUGUCGCGCUUGCACCAGACCAUGGCCGCGAUCAGACGUGUAGUGGAAGUCGAGUUGCAGCGUGGACGCAUCGACCGGUUCGUCCGUCGAGCGUCCAUGGCGACGACGCUCAAGAAAUGUGUCCGUGAUCUCGACGACGCCUGGCAUGCUUUUGAUACAGCAACGAUGCUCGGUGUUGAGCUAAAACUGGGAGAAAUCAGCGGACGCAUCGAGACGCUGAACCUACGCCAUCGUGAACUACAGCUCCCGCUUUUGUUUUGGGACAACGUCCAAAUUGACGGGCUGCGUAGACGGUACCGGAUUUGCGACUCGCACGAAGGGACGAGUAUUGGGGCCGCCUCAAUAUCGCGUUGUACUUGUGCGAACAAUAUCGCGCAGGCGCGCGUCCUGCAAGAAGACUAUGGUACCCUUGUCCGGUACCACCCCGAUCGCGCAUCCGUCCCUGGAGCGACCGUUUUAUGUCUUGGAGACCGCUGCUAUAUCUCCGCUCGCGGACUUCAAAGCGAUGACCCCGUCGUGUGGGUGUCAAGGUGGUUCCAACACCUGUUAGACUUCGCGAGCGUGCGAGAAUUCGCUGCGAACAAGGCCGACGUUCCGCUGUUUGAUCUUCGUCAAGGACAGGUCCAUCGACACGAGCGAUGUCUACCAUCCAUCGGGCUGAAUCCUGAAGGACGGCUGUUCCUCGACGUCUCCGACAUCUGUCACUCCCACAUGGACUGUUUCCGCCAGUCCAUCAGCCGGAUGUACAGCGAAGCUCGUGAUCUUCCCGCUUCAGAAGAUGAGAGCCUUUGGUUCACAUCGCUUCCCACUGGCCUCGCCGAAGAGGCGAUCCGCGUCGUGUGCUCAAAUGCCGACGCCUCCGCCCGGGGCGCCUGUCUGGACAGGGUGGUCGAGUCGGACUUGGGGUCUGUGCUAUCCACAGCGCGCCUCGAGUGUGCCGGCGACGCGAGGCUCGGGGAUUACGGCUACCUCAAAAGAUGCAUCGAUGACGGGGAGCGUUUCGUACGCCUCGGUCACAUCAGCGACCUCUUCGAAGAAGACGUCCUCGCGACUUGCGACCGCUCGACGAUCUCUCCGGGGAACGUGUGGAGUCUCCCCGAGCGCCGGCCUUGGUCGAAGGGCGAGGUGGAGAGUCACGAAUUUCCUCGUUGUUUGGACGACGAUGAAGGUCCGCGGGGCUACCGUGUGCUCAGCGUCGAUCGCGCCAUCGACCCCAGGUUCUGCCGUGCUUUCGUGUGGAAACAUGCACCUCGCGUUUCCCGACAGCAUGGUAUACUCAUCACACAGAUUUUACUCGUGGACCAGGUCAACCACUGCGCCGUCUUCAGCGAUGCCCAUCUCAUACAGACGGGCCGACGUGACGAGCGAAACUCCCAUAGUUACUCCAGCGAGGACACGAGGGAGUCGGCGAAUACCGAUACGGCAAAGCAAUCACGAAGCCUCUGGUUUCACCAGCUCCCACUCGACCAGGAUGUGCAACCUCCAGACCCGUGGGGCUACUGGUCCGAGGACUCACAACCUGCUCCGCCGGACUCGUCGGCCCACCCGAACUCUCCAGCACACUGCAGGGGAUGUGUCACACCGUUCGCCUACGUCUCCAGACUUCUGCCCUUCGAAGCCGAGCUGGUCAAGAUGGUCAACCUGCUGCGCGACAUAACGCCCACCGCCACAGAAGCGAUAGAGCCCCGUUGUCGGGAUAUGAGCCUCGGUGUUCCCUCCGCUAUCGACACGUCGUAUAGUAACGAUGCUCACUGCGUAAGUAUGGUAUCCCCGUCUCGAAACCCCUACGCUGGCAUGUCUGACUAG